UGUGCGCCUAUCAGAAGCGCUCAAAAUCGCCCGGCGGCAACACGCGUGGCGUGUGGUGGUGUUCCGAUGGAACCGAGGACCGUGGCAAAUUCGCCCAAGCCGCCGUGCGCGGCCUCCCUUAAGGACCUAAUCAACCAGCUGCACCGCGUCUUCGAGGAUGACCACAUCAACGUCGAGUACGUGCACGAGCUCAUGUCAUCGUACCGGAGCAACCCCAAGGAGUGGCAGCAGUACGCCAAAUUUGACAGGCACAGAUACACGAGAAACCUCGUCGACGAAGGCAACGGCAAAUUCAACCUGAUGAUUCUUUGCUGGUCCGAAGGGCAAGGCAGCAGUAUUCACGACCACGCCGACUCGCACUGCUUCAUGAAGGUUCUGGCCGGCACUCUCAAGGAAGUUCGCUUCGACUGGCCCCAGACCAAGGACGGCGUCGAGGCACCCAUGACCAAGAGGGGUGACACCGAGCUGCAGCUCAACAGCGUCGCCUACAUCAACGAUUCCCUGGGCCUGCACAGGGUUGAGAACCCGAGUCACUGUGAACCAGCCGUGAGCCUGCACCUGUAUUGUCCUCCCUUCGAAGAGUGCUCCAUGUUCGACCAGCGCACCGGACACCGUUCCAAAAGCAAGGUCACCUUCUGGAGCAAAUACGGGCAGCGCACCCCAUUCGUGAUCACUCAAUCGCAACCGGAGCAGUACGAAAACAACUGAACAGUGCUCAAGGCUUGUCCGAGUCGCCUCAAGAGAACGCAUCUCUUGCAUUUCCAAGUUGCUGCCGGCGGAAACGCCGUCGCUUGGCAACAUAUUUUUUGUCUUUAAUAAAAGCGAGUAGGGAUGUAGCUUUUUUUAAGUGUCACGGUGUUACACGGGUGUGAGAGGUAAAGAGGUGUUUUUUUUUAUUCAUGUCCAGCAGUUGCAGUAUUGACAAUGUCUGUGCAAUAUAUUUGGUAACACAAUAUGUUGAUAGAAGAUGACGACUGCACCAAAAAGUACAUGUUUUUCACGCCAUGUUUAUAUGCUUUCUACUCUGCGUUGCUUCUCAAAUUUAAUUGAUCAAUAAAUUUUUAUUUAC